AUGACCUCGAAGAAGUAUGACACCGAAAAGCCUCCUACUGAUACAACACAGCCACCUGUAGUGAUCCCUGACGUUGUGACGGUAAUCCCUGACAUAGUGACGGUUGUCCCAGAUAUAUUGACGGUGGUCCCUGAUAUCCUAUCGGUGGUUCCUGACAUCCUAACGGUGGUCCCUGACAUCCUAUCGGUGGUCCCUGACAUCCUAACGGUGGUCCCUGAUAUCCUAACGGUGGUCCCUGAUGUCUUGACGGUGGUACCAACGCUUCCGACAGUACCGACAGUACCGACGCUUCCGACGGUACCGACGCUUCUGAGACGGAUGUGA